AUGAAGAGCAAAACUGCGGCGGUUGAUGAUAUUUGGCAAAUGUUGCAGUCUAACUUAGCAGCAGGUUACACUCCGUAUGAUGCAGUGACCGUUGAUGAGCAGUUAUUUCCAUACAGAGGCCGCAUCUGCUUCACACAACACAUUCCACCGAAGCCUGCCAAAACGACAAAAGCAGCCGAUUUUGAUUGCGUUGCUCUAUUUGUAUCGGAUGUGGGCCUGUCGCAUGUCGGACUUUCGAAUGUGGGCCUGUCGCAUGCCGGCCUUUCGGAUGUGGGCCUGUCAAAUGUUGGCCUGUCGGAAGUGGGCCUGUCGGAUGUAAGCCUGUCGCAUGUUGGCCUGUCUGAUAUAGGCCUGUCCGAUGAGGGCCUGUCGCAUGUGAGCCUGUCGCAUGUGGGCCUGUUGGAUGUAGGCCUGUCGCAUGUGGGCCUGUCGGAUGUAGGCCUGUCGCAUGUGGGCCUGUCGCAUGUGGGCCUGUCGCAUGUCGGCUUUUCGGAUGUGGGCCUGUCGCAUGUCGGCCUGUCAGAUGUGUACAUGUCGAAUGUUGGCCUGUCGGAAGUGGGCCUGUCGGAUGUAGGCCUGUCCGAUGAGGGCCUGUCGCAUUUGUGCCUACCGGAUGUGGGCCUGUCGCAUGUCGUGGGCCUGUCCGAUGAGGGCCUAUCGCAUGUGAGCCUAUCGGAUGUGGGCUUGUCGCAUGUCGGUCUGUCGGAUGUGUGCCUGUCGAAUGUUGGCCUGUCGGAAGUGGGCCUGUCGGAUGUAGGCCUGUCCGAUGAGGGCCUGUCGCAUGUGAGCCUAUCGGAUGUGGGCGUAUCGGAUGUGGCCCUGUCGGAGGUGGGACUGUCGGAUGAGGGCCUGUCGCAUGCGGGCCUGUCGAUUGUGGGCCUGUUGCAUGUGGGUCUGUCGCAUGUGGGCCUGUCGAAUGUGGGCCUGUUGCAUGUGGGCCUGUCGGAUGUGGGCGUAUCGGAUGUGGGCCUGUCGGAUGUGGGCGUAUCGGAUGUGGGCCUGUCGGAUGUGGGCUUGUCUAAUGUGGGCAUGUCGCAUGUGGGCCUGUCGAAUGUGGGCCUGUCGAAUGUAGGCCUGUCGCAUGUAAGCCUGUUGGAUGUGGGCGUAUCGGUUGUGGGCCUGUCCAAUAUCGGCCUUUCGGAUGUGGGCCUGUCCAAUAUCGGCCUUUCGGAUGUGGGCCUGUCGCAUGUCGGCCUUUCGGAUAUGGGACUGUCGCAAGUCGGCCUGUCGGAUGUGGGCCUGUAG